GUUCCUGGGCUGGUACCAUACGAAGGCCAACCUGUAAGAACAUAAGAGUAAAUGCUGCAGGUGUUCCGGAUAGCAAACAUCCAUAUUACGUCAUAAGGAAAAAAUACGGCAGCCAUCCUCAUUCGGAUCCACCUCUUGGUUUAAUGAAAUGUUUAUGUUAUUUGACCCGAGAUGGACGAGCAACAGGGAAUGCUUUACUGUCGUACAAAUGUUUGGAGAACUGUAAUCUGCAACCACGUCCUCAUGGAAAUAAUAAACAUAGCCAAAGCCCAUAUAUGAGGACCUAUCCAUCAACUUUGCUUAAGAUCAAAGAACGCAUCGGAUCACAAAGUCCAGCGGCUAUUUGGAAUGAACUGUCAGUUGAUUCUACUGGUAAUAUGGAUGCACAGGCGACACUUCGAGAUAGGAAACAGGUCUAUAAUGCUCGGUCAAUUCGAAAGAAAUCACCAGAUCCUCAAACACGGGAUGAUGUUAACCAUCUAAAGCUACGUAUAGCAACAUUGGAGGAGCAAAAUAGCAAGCUGAUAUUUACGAAUGCUAGUUUGAUUGAAUUAGUGAACGAUUUACGUAAGGCCAAAGAAGAACUGGAAGCGGAAAAUCGUCGCAUAAAGCAGAACAGUCUUCAAGGAAAAACAAACGGUUUAUUACUUCCCAAUCCUACAAUACUUAAUUAUCCGGAGCAACAUGCGGAUAAGGCUCGAAUUUAUGAAACGGGAGCAGAAUCAACGGUAAUGAUGCGUGACCGAUAUAUUGCAGAGUGUCGAAUGCAAGAACUUCCAACAAUAAAUCAAUCAACAUGCUUUGCAGGUGUUUCAGGUCACAAAUACUAA